UUCUACCGUCAGACGAAUUGAGUUCCUCAGUGCCGUUGUUCAGUAACGGCGAACGUCACAAGGCUGUUGGUAUGGUGUGGGAACUUUGCGUUCUGAUGUUAUUCGGACGUCGGGGAUGCCGCGAUCUAAGUGUAAGCGAGCGAGUACCAGUUAUGAUACAAGACCUAGCUGAACUGCUCUACUGGUCUACUACUGUACGUGAUUGGGUAUGGGUUCCGAGAGGAUUGCCUUCUUACUGUACGAUACAAAACGAGCGUAAUAUGUAUAAAGCUGUCAGCGGGGCUUUUGGCGGCGCAACUUCUCUGGGAAGCAACGUUCUUCAACGCCAGUUCAGGGCAGAAACGUCCCGCCUGUUUCCUCUCUUCCGGAUGGAUCUGCAACAAGCACGCUCUGUCGCUCGCUCGCUCGCUCGCUUGGUGGCGGGAGGGCAACACCAUAAUAAUAUUACUCGCUCGCUCUCCCUCCCACACGCCUCGCACAAGGCGGGCUUCAAACUAACCCCUGGGACAGCUGGUUUUCGGUUUUACUUUGCAUCGAUGACGUUCUUGAAGAUUCCCUUUGCAAAAAUGAUUGAAGGAUUGCAAUCAAGUCUAAAUUUGCGACAUGCGCCUGGGAGAGAAACCGCAGCAACGCAUUCAAACCCGAGUCCCAACGCAUUGGGGCCCUCCGAGUACCGGCCGCCACCACCGGCCAAAAGUUGGCCGUCGAACGCCUGGAAGACUGUUUUUCGCGUCGCCCCCAACUUCUGCUGUCGCUUCCUGUCAAUUGGGUCGGUCGCCUUCUGGCCGCGGGAUAUGGUUUACAUGUUCAAUGCUCAGAGACCGACUCCGGCGAACUUCACCAAGAAUACUCUUUCCGGCCAGCCACUUCAAGAUCCAACCGAGCUCCUUUCCGCCGAAGUUCCUUCAUCGCCAACGCCAAGUUUGACAUCCACCGCCGCAGUGGCACCGCAACACGGGUUAAACGCGACAGCUAGAUCCAAAAUGUGGGCUCCUUCACACAAGUUUGCGCGACGCAUUCUUCUGUUGAGCCCAAGCUUGCCUCCAACGCAAAAACUGGGAAGGCCAGGCGAGCCCGGGACGGAGGCAAUAUUAUCGGCGAUGUCCAUCCGCACGGAAUCUUGCACCCCUCCUGCAGAAGAGUUAGGACGGGAACACGCACGGAAGCGUGUCCGAAAGAGUCCGAAACGUGGGCUUUCUCUUGUAGCUGCUUGGAGCGUUUCCCUUCCAUUCCGCGACGAAAGCAUCCAACCUUGGCCGCCGCGGAGUACAUACUCCCAAACCACUAACCAGGGUUAUCACACCAGAUGGCGACUCGGACAGUGGACUCGAGGGCAACUAUAUGAGGCGUAUUUGGAGCUUGACGACGUCGCUCCCGAUCAGUUCAUGUUCCACGUCUGUGUCCUGACACGCGAGGAAAAUGACUGCGACGAGCUUCUCGCGCACCGCGUCAAUCCGGAUGAUAUUGUGAGGGAAGAUGAUUUCUGCCCCGUUGAAGAUGAUCGUGACGACGACGAAGACGACCGCGAUGACGACGACGCGUGGGAAGAUCAUUCCAAGUCAACGACAUUUGUAAAGUAUGUCCUUGUCGCAUGGCCGCGCUUUCACGACAUCCUUUAUCGCGACGAGGCAGUCGACGCCAUCCGGCGCGUUUUACGUCAUGCAGGCGCUGAACUGGGACAACGAUCGGGUCUCCCAAUUUGCCAGGUCCUCUACGAAAAAGCGAUCGAGCUUAUAGACGUUGAUUGGAUUCUCUUCGCCAUGGACAUCCACCAUAUCGAUGUCAAUACGUGGGAGGUCGAGACGCUCAUUGCGUGUGUCCGCGCGCAUUUCCCGUGGGCCGGCCUAGCAAAUGAAAAGCUGCUCGUUCAAGCCCUGAGGAGGCACUUUGGCCGCCCCUGGAUUGCCUCAGACUCCUCGAGAAAUUCGCUCCUUUCUGACUCCCGGGUUGCGCGAUUAUUUCGGCACACAUCCCCCUGUCAAGGGAAGAUUCAUCUCUACCUCCCUGAGGAACGACGUCUUCCUUCUUACUUGGUUUCUCGAAUUGUGCUCGUGCGCACCGCCCUAUACCUUGUCUCCGCUCGUGGAGGAGCUACCGGCGCUGUGGUGGCUGCCCUCGCAUCCCUGUCACAUGCUUCUCCGCAACAUCGUUCAGACGCUGCACCAUGCAACUCGAGCAGAUGGGCGCUGCCGGACAGCCUUACGCGAUCCCCGACGCAAGUUUCCCCAAACACAAAGAAUUUGAAGCGUUCCUGCGCAGCCCGCUGUCUUCGAAAUCCAUCUAUGGCUUCAGCUGCUCAUCAAGGAUGCCACCGGCGUCCUUACAGACUAAACGCUCCGGAUGAGUGCGAGCGGUGUGACGCCCAAUGCACACGUCGUAAUCACCAAGUCGCGCAAGAACUUUCCCCACUGGGGCAUGUUGAUGAUGCGUAGGCGCGAACAGGCGGCUAUGCUGCGUCUCUUGCUCGUGGAAGGUGGACAUGCGCCGCUACCGCAGAAACGCGCAUACUCACCGGACGUUGUUGGAAGUCGAAAGAUCGAAUGAAUUCGUAAAUUCGGAGAACGAGGGUUAAGCCUUGGACGUAUAUGCCAGGGAGGAGACUUUCAGAAUCGGCGGACUAUCCUUCAUUUGCCGUAUAGACAGAUUUCGUUCGCUGGCGUCGCAACCCUCGGCCGUAAUGAAUUAGGUUUGAUACAUGGGGCUGUUUGAUAAGCACGAUAAGUACUAGGUAGGACUAGGGUUAGAUAGGGUGCGCUUUUUUGGACCGAGUACAUCAUAGGGAACACAUAUGGAUUGGUUUUUGUUCGGUCAAAA